AUGGAAGAUAUUAAAAUCCCAUCGCCGUCCACGAUUCUAGACUCGCCCGACACCAUCCCGUCAGCGCGGGGCAAGCCUGCUUCGCCUCCCAAAAGGGCGAAGCAGAUCGGAACUGCUGUACAAAAGCCCAAACAGACAAAGAGCCGCAAUGGUACGAUCCUGCUGGACGGCUGCAUCACCUGCAAGGCGAAACGGCUGAAGUGCGAUGAAACCAAGCCAUCCUGUCACCAGUGCGAAAGGCGAAAAGUACAGUGUGGUGGUUACAAGAAGGAUUUCAAAUGGAGGCCCUUCGAAGAGACCAACUUGGCAGUGGGCCGCCCCACAGCCAAGGCUAAGAAAGCGAAUCCUCCAUCGCAAGUUACAAAGCCCGAAAGUUUCCCGACACCGCCGACCACCGAGUACUCCCUCCCGGCGAUACGAGCCGCGAAAUCUGUCAACACUUCUCCCCCGGAGUCUUCUUUUCAUAGCUCCCCUUCCAGCAUCAAGAGCUAUCUGUCUGCUGACACCCAUUCUCUCGAUGACUUCGGUGUUCUUCGGGAUGAACCCACCACCGGCGAAGAGGCGGCUACCCCCAUGGGGGUAUCUAUGCCCGCCGAUGAUUCCUUAAACUUUCUUUCUUUCCUUGAACUUUAUCAACAUUCUAUUCCAUUCUCCGAUGAACUGUUUCCAGACCAAGGCCUGGAGAACGGUUCAGGGCCAAUGCAGCUCGGACCGGAUUUGCCAAAUACUCCUGGGUCUCUCAGCUUUUCCCAGUUACUAGACGAAGAUAAUGAAGACAUUGAAGAGAUCAUCAGGCAGUCUGAUCCCGGUGCCGGGCCAUGGAAUUUGACAUUCCCCGGCCAGGAUGGCGGCUCUUUCGAUCUUUCUCGCCUUCCGGACCAGCCCUCACUGGCACCGGAGAGUGAAGAAAUGUUGGCGUUGCAUUUCGAUAACCUCACCUGUGGAAUUUUAUCAAUCAAAGAUGGCGUGACAGAGAACCCAUGGCGUACACUCAUCUGGCCCCUUGCCAAAAGUACACCCGCUUUGUACCAUGCAAUCUUUGCUUUGUCCGCCUUUCACGCAGCCAAAGAAAAUCCGUCUCUGCGCGUCCAAGGCGUGAAACACAUGCGACAGAGUAUUACAUGCUUGAGGCAACAAAUCCAGAGUAUGCGAGCGGAUACCGCGCUCGCGACCAGUUUAGCGUUGGCCUUUGCCGAUACCUGGGACCAGAACACCCGCACAUGUAUCCAGCAUUUGCGUGGUGCCAAGGCUUUGAUGCUGCAGGUGCUCAAUGCUGGGCUUCAGGAUGGCUUGAGUGCAGAUGAGCUGGAUCGCAUUCGGUUCUUGUACAAUACGUGGACAUACAUGGACGUCAUUGCACGACUCACUUCCUUGGAUGAAUCUGGUCCCCAAGAUUUGAAUCCGUCUAUCUUCCAGCUUCCCGGCGAUGCAAUCCAUGAGAUCGAUCCCUUGAUGGGUUGUGCAGCUACACUGUUUCCACUUAUCGGUCGGGUAGCGAGGCUAGUCCAGCGAGUACGAAAGACAACGACAAACUCGUUAUUGAUUGUGUCACAAGGAAUGGAACUGAAGUCUCUGAUCGAACAAUGGGAGCUGCCACGCUGGUUCGAGCCACCUGAAGACCCCACUUCGGAGGUUCAACACAGUAUUCAGAUGGCGCACGCUUAUCGCUGGGCGACAUUACUAUAUCUCCACCAAGCCGUCCCCGAAAUGCCAUCUGAGCCAGCCGAAGAACUUGCCAAGCGCGUAUUAAUUCUAUUGGCAACCGUACCUCCAACAUCUCGUACAACAAUCAUCCAGAUGUUCCCUCUUCUAGCUGCUGGAGCCGAAGUUGACGGAGAGGAUGACCGAGAAUGGGUUCUGGAUCGGUGGAAUACCGUUCAGUCCCGCCUGAUGCUGGGAGGCGUGGAUCGUUGUCUUGAUGUCUUGCGAGAAGUCUGGGCUCGGCGAGAUGCACUAAGGGCGGAGAAGGAACAACAGGACUUUGCGCCCCCGCGAAGGCCUGGGUCUUUGUCGAGUGAAGGCAAAGCCAACUCAGCUAUGCGGUCACCGGAUGCCAUGCCGCGCACACUUCAUGGCCGGGUAAAUUCUACCGAUCGUGACAGAUCUAUGCAUGGCCGAUCUGGCUCUACGAGUUCGACGAGUGGAUCUCAAAUACGAAGCUCGGCUCGCUCGCCGUUGGAAAACAUCGAGUUCGAGAGAACUGUUCGAAGCAGAUUACAUUGGGUUAAUGUUAUGGGAGAAUGGGGAUGGGAAGUCUUCCUGGGCUGA